AUGCAGGCCGCUUGUGGCGCCAACUGCAUUGCCGUCAUCAACCCAAACAGUGGCCCUGGGAAGAACUUGACCGAGGCCCAGGAUUUCGGACGCACCUCCAGUCCCUGCAUCACCAAGCUGCGGGCGAAAGGGUACGCGGCCAGUCCGGGUGGUGCCGACAACGACAAGAGGUACUACCAGCAAGUGGCGGGCCUAGUUACCGGUACCCGGGUCCUUAACGCUGGGGGCAGAUUCGAGCCGUCCAUGACUGACAUCUUCGACCUUGUGGUUGGGUUUGAGGAGACUGGGAAACAACUGGCCGGCAGUGCGAAUUACCACGGCAUGUGCCCCAUCCCUACUUUCCCCUCCGCACACAGUGACGACAGCUUCUGCACGGGGAUUUAUCCCGGAACCAAACCGUACCUUCCCAACGCCGCCCAAAACGACACCAACAAGUGCAGCACCUGCGGCGCCAAGAUUGCGUCCCUGACUGCUGCUAUAUGGACCCACUUCCUCUUUCGACUGCGUGGUCGAAGAGUCGCGCCGGGGUUAGCUGUUGACGGCAAAGCUUGCCUUCAGAAGCACACUGGAGGGGCGGUGAGCCCGUGCAUCACCAAGCUGCGGGCAAGGGGGGUUAAGGUUUUGGGUUACAUUGCGACCACGCACACCGGCAAGCCGGUCUCUGCCGUCCAAGCAGAGUACCAGCUUUAUGCUAGGAAUUUCCCGGUGUUGGAUGGGGUUUUCUUCGACGAGGGAACGACCUGGUACAACCCGGGCCCGGGCGGUGCCGAUUACGACAAGAGCUACUAUGAAGAUGUGGCGGCCCUGGUGACUGGAACCCGGGUGCUUAACCCGGGUGGCAGAUUCGAGGCGUCCAUGACUGACCUCUUCGAGAUCGUGGUCGGGUUCGAACAGACCGCGGGCAACUGGGUCGCUAACGCCAUCUAUCACGGCAUGUCUGCAGCUCCGAGUCGCAUCCUGAUCCCCGGUCUCUUCAGGUGCCCCAUCCCUUUCUUUACCACGGCACACACCGACGUCAUUUUCUGCACGGGAGCUUAUCCCGGGGCCAAGCCGUACGUCCCCAAUCCAAAUCAAAAUGACACCAACACGUGCAGCCCCUGCCGCGCCAAGAUUGCAGCCAUGGUUUGCCAGUCGACCAACGUCACCAACUACGUUUCCAUCGUCAACCAGUGCGCAGCGGCCGGUUAUGACUAUUGUUACGUCACCAAUGACGGAGCGGAUGGGAACCCGUGGGACUCACUGCCGUCGUAUUUCAGCUGCUACGCAACCUAG